AUGUCGCGUCCCACCGCGGCGCGCAAGGCGCCUAAGGGCGAGUACAUCGAGACGGACUCCGGCAACAAAGUCUCGCGCAAAGCCCACAUCUCCGGCACCGCCAACAUCACCCUCGGCGGCAAGACCGUCAUCAUGGCCGACGUGCACCUCCGCGGCGACCUGCACCGGCUCAAGACGUCGCACACCAGCAGCGACGCCACGGGCGAAGGCGGCAAGUCGUCCUCAUCGUCCUCGUCGUCCGCCAACGCCAUCAGCAUCGGCCGCUGCACCGUCAUCGGCGCGGGCUGCGUCAUCAAGCCGCCGUCGCGCAUCAGCCGCGGCCAGCUGAGCUACUACCCGAUGAAGAUCGGCGACAACGUCUUCGUCGGCGCCGGCUCGCACAUCUCGGCCGCCAGCAUCUCCAGCCACGUCCACGUCGGCGAGGGCUGCAUCCUCGAGCCCUUUUGCAUCGUCCGCGACAACGUCAAGAUCCUGCCCCGCUCCGUCGUACCCGCAAACAUGGUCAUCCCCUCCAAUUCCAUCGCUGGGGGCAGGCCUGCCCGCGUCGUCGGCGAGCUGGGCGAGGGGUGGGGCGUCGCGGCUGGCGGUGGUGGCGGCGGCGAGGGCGGGCCGAUGGGCCAGGGUGAGGUGUGGGUUGAGGGCGGUGAUCUGAGGGAGCUGGUGAGGAGUGUGAAAUGA